AUGGAGAAAUCCUCGGUGGCUACAGAUGUCAUUCACCCGGAGCCUGCAAGGGUCGAGGAAUACAAUGACUUGUCCAAGGCUGAGCUGGAGCUCAACGUGGGCGGUCGUGGUGCGACUCAGCGUCGCCUGAAGAACUACCAUGUCACCAUGAUCGGCUUCUGCAGUGGUAUCGGAACUGGUCUCUUUGUCGGUACUGGCGCGGCAUACGCAAAGGCUGGACCGGCCGGUCUGCUUCUCGCAUACAUCAUCGUCGGAUUGGUCUUGUGGUGUGUCAUGCAAAGUAUCGCCGAAUUGGCCACUCUUCUCCCCACUGCAGGUUCAUUCCCUCACUGGGCCACCCGCUUCAUCGAUCCCUCCGUGGGAUUUUCCCUCGCAAUCUCGUACGGAUACUGUUACACAAUCGCUAUUGCCUCGGAAGUCUCUGCAGCCGCAGUCAUUGUAUCAUAUUGGACAGACAUAACACCGGCAGUGGUGAUCACGGUAGGACUGAUUCUUAUCUUGAUCAUCAAUUUGAUGAGCGUGCGAUUCUACGGUGAGACCGAAGUCGCCGGAGGUGCAAUCAAGGUGCUCUGUUUCCUGGGCCUGGUCGUUGUCUCCAUCGUGAUCACCGCCGGCGGUGGCCCCAACCACGAGGCGAUCGGAUUCCGCUACUGGAACAACCCCGGUCCUUGGACAAACUUCAAUGGUAUCACCGGCCCCACUGGUCACUUCCUCGGCUUCCUGUCGUCCUUUGUGAAUGCAUCCUUCAGCUUCAUCGGUGUCGAGACCGUCGUCAUCACUGCCGCCGAGUCGGUGGACCCCCACCGUGCCAUUCCCAAGGCCGCGAAGCGAGUCACUUACCGCAUCGGCUUCUUCUACGUUCUCGGCGCUCUUCUCAUCGGCCUCAUUGUGGAUCCUCGCAACGAAUCGCUUGUCUCCGGAUCUGGCAACGCGAACAGCUCUCCCUUUGUUAUCGCUAUCCGCGAGGCCGGUAUCAAUGCUUUGCCUUCGAUCGUCAACGCCUGUAUCUUGAUUGCUGCCUGGUCUGCCGGUAAUUCAUACUGCUGGGUUGGCUCCCGCAUGAUUGUUGCCAUGACCACCGAUCACCAACUGCCUCAGAUCUUUGGUCGAGUGAACAAGACCGGUGUGCCCUAUGUUGCUGUCAUUGCAGCCUGGCUGUUCGGUCCUCUGGCUUAUCUGAGUCUUGGCUCAGGUGGUGCUGCACAGGCCUUUACCUGGCUGCUCAAUCUGAGCACCGUAGCCGGUUUGAUUGCCUGGGCUACACUCUGCUUCUGCUACGUUCGUUUCCACGCGGCCAUGAAGGCCCAAGGUGUUUCCCGAGACACCCUCCCAUGGAAGGCACCUCUUCAACCCUACGCUGCCUGGGUAGGUUUCAUCGGGUCCACCAUCAUCACUCUGGUCGCCGGCUUCCCUGUCUUCUUGAAGGGUAACUGGAGCACAUCUGACUUUGUCGCAUCAUACAUUGGUAUUCCGAUUUUCAUUGUGCCCAUCAUUGGGUGGAAGUUGUGGCAUCGCACCGAAUUCCAGCGUGCGGCCACAAUCGAUCUGUGGUCUGGUCGUCUUCAAGACGGAGAGAUCAUGCCGCAAAAGAAUCCUCGCAAUACAGUGUGGGGUCGGUUUAUCGACUGGCUGAUGUGA